AUUCUAAACUUGCUAUCAAUCUAGAAUCUCUUAAUGAAAAAUUGAACUUAGAACCUUCUAUAAUUGCUCAACAUUCUUCCACCUUAAAUAAUUUGAAUAUUUCUGAUGAAUGCGAUAUAGAAAUUCUUCGUAAUAUUUCCGUUCAUCCGGAACUGUUAAAAUCAGCUGGCAUUAGUGUGGAUGGUCAGAGAUCUUAUUCAUUGGCAGAUUUCGUAUCUCUUGACGAGUUUACAACUCUAGCUGAAAAAGGACGAGACACAUAUG